AUGAAGUAUUCUACGGUGUGCUCCAAAAUGAAGAUUCCUGUCUCGAUCCUGAUUGUAGCGACAACAGCACUUUGUAAACAAGGAGGAUGGAAUGGUUUUCCCAAACGACAUGAUCAUGGCGGAGAAAACAGUCCGCAUGGCAUGAUGCCUCCCCCACCCUUCUUGCAAAGUGCUAGCCGAGGAGCUCAACGCGAAUUUUUUGCAAUCUUAGGCGACAUGGAAUUGACGAUUGCUCAGCAGAAAGAAGAAGUUCAGAAAUGGGCGGAAAAAUAUGGGUUUUCGGAAAAGUUGCAAGAUUUCAACGAAAAAAUGGAGAAGAUGAACAGUGAAGCAAAAGAGAACGCCACAAACCUUAUCGCUGAACUCCCAGCUGCAAUGGAGAAAGGUUCUGCUCUUAUGGCCAAUAAGAAUCAAACCAUCCUUGAACUACAUUCUGCCGUAAAAACGCUCUACGCCGAAAACCCAAAACUAUAUCGGGUGCUGAUGUUCAUAAUCGGGCAGUUCAUGCCAUCGCACGAUCUAUAUGGUGGAAAAUGGGGACCGAAAAGAGCUUCAGGACAACAUUCUCAUGCAAAUAUGAACGGCUUCCAUGAAUUUCAACCGCACUUCGUGAAUGAGAACGAAAGGAAGCCACACCAAUGGAGUAACGACGGCGGAUUUCGACGCUGGAGAGCAUUUAGAACAUAA